AUGAAGUUCAAGACAAAAGUGUAUGCUGCUAUUGCUAGCACUGAUACUACUGCUCAAGACAAGUUCAAGGAUGAUAUCUUUGAAGCGGUUCUUGCAACAGGAUUUCUGUGCAACUGCGAUCGAACGAGAACAGCUCCUCUGAUGCUGGAUCUUCAGACAAACUAUUGCAGGGAAGUGGAUUACUAUCCAAAGACGGUCAGCAAAGCACAAGAUAUGUUGAAGAUUCACAUGGAUGUGAUUUAA